AUGAUGGGACGGUUGUGUUCCGCCGUGUGGAUACCAUCGUACGGAUAAUGACAGGUGUUUUCGGGGUGCAGGUCCGCGGAAGUUCAUCGGCGUUUAGUGUGUGUGUUCGUCUGUGUUAUUCGCUCGCGUGUUUUGCCGGCGAAUUAUAGCGUGACGUACUAGUCGCAGUGAAGGAUUUUGGAUAAUUGAUGGCGGUUUUUAGGAUACGAGUAUAAAAGGUAUACGUAGGGAUGCAGCGCUCUACGAGGCUGAAGAUUACGGAUCUAAAUCCGCAUUUAUCAUGCAUUCUUUGUGGUGGGUAUUUUAUCGAUGCCACCACUAUUACAGAAUGUGUUCAUUCCUUUUGCAGAGCAUGUAUCGUUCGAUACUUGGAAACAAGCAAGUAUUGUCCUGUUUGCGAAGUCCAAGUCCAUAAAUCUCGACCUCUUCAUUACAUUCGGUCGGACAAAACAUUGCAAGAUAUCGUGUAUAAGCUCGUUCCAGGCCUCUUUCAUAAUGAAAUGAAAAGAAGGCGGGAGCUAUAUGCAUCUCAACCACCUGAAGCUUUAAAAGAAUCUAGAGAUGCUGAAGACAGGGGAGAAUGUUUAGAUGAGAAAUUCAUUUAUGCUUCUGAUGAGAUAUUUAGUCUUUCAAUUGAAUAUGCAACCGAAGGCGAAAACCAAGAUAUUGACUCAGAGAAAGAUGAUAAUGUACCUAAAAGACGUUUCUUACGAUGUCCUGCUGCCGUAACUGUUGCCCAUUUGAAGAAGUUUAUUAGGAUGAAAUAUGGCAUUCCGUAUUCGUAUGAAGUUGAUUUGAUAUAUGAUAAAGAAUCGCUUCUAGAUGAAUAUACUCUGAUGGAUGUUGCGUACAUUUUUUUGUGGAGAAGACAAGGACCUAUGAAAUUCUUCUACAGAAUUGUUGAAAGGCCUCCAAAGAAAAUGAAAAUGGAUCCAAGCUAUUUAGAGCAAGAUGUAAAAGCGGAAGAAAUUCCCAACUCUCUUGACACUGAAACUAAAUCGGAGAAUGAAGAAAUGAAAGAAGAGUUGCCAGCCUCGUCUGUUCAACCCAUUGUUCUACCGAGUCCUGUAGAACAGGAAAAAUGUGCUCCUCUUAUCAUAAAGAAAAGUUAUGUUGAGGACAUUAUUGUAAAUAAAAUUGAUUCUGAAGUCAACAAAGAAGUCAUCAAUGCACCACCACCACCUGUGGAAGAGAGCACUGAGCCUAAAGAUAAUUUAGAAACUACUCAGAUUUCGAAUAGUAGCUCUAAAAAGGAACUGAAAGCAACUACACUAAAAUUUCUUCCAACAUCAGCCAGUAAAGGCUCCUCUUCCGAGACCAAACCAGCUGUGAUGACUGUGGCUCCUCUGACCAAGCCCUCCACUUCAUUAGCCACUACAGCCAGCACAACUGCUUCAACUGGAACUAUUACUCAUGGAUUAUAUACAGGCAUAUCCAUCAAAAAAUCACCACCUAAUACUCUGCCUCCUUUCAGAAUCUCCUCUCAUUUGCUGCCUCCUCGUGUUCCUCCUCUUAAGUUGUCACCCCCGCGCUUUUCAAAACUUGAAUCUUGCUUGCGACAGAUGUCGCCAAAGGAAACAUCUUCAAAAAAAUCAUCCUCUUCUCAAAGCAAAAAGUCGAAAUCGAAGCAUUCGUGCGACAAAUUGGAAUCUAAAGUUGCCCAGCUUAAAUCUGCAUCGAUCAAAAGUAUUGCCCCUCUUGUUAUCUCUGUUCAGCACGAAAAUAAAUUCGAAACUCGCAAGGUUCCCGAAUGUGUUGUAUCAGAGAAGAAAGUUGAAGAGACUGUAACAUCAAAAGAUUCAAACGAGGUCCAUGAAACUCCCAGCGACAGCAUGCAGGAUUCCAAGAUGAAUCAUGACGAUGACAAAAUGGAUCUGGACAGUGACAUAUUUGAAGGACCACUAGUGAUUGCUGAACCUGAUCCACCAUCCAAAGACGAUGCCGAAAACUCUAAUGACAAAACUCCAGAUGAAGCAAAUAAAGAUGAAAAUAAACUGGAAGACCCUGAAGAUGAGGAGAUUGACGUGGUGGAUGAUGGUGAAGUAGAUAGUGGAAGAGGAAGCGAUAUUAGUAGCAGAGCUGAAGCUCGAUCUUUAUCUGGUGAUGAUGAUCUGGGAUCACCGGAAUCUGUUCCAAAGACUCCAGAAGCUGAUCGUCAGCAUCCUAUAUCGGUUCAAAAUCCUUCAACUCAGCCUGAUGCUGAUCCUAAACCCAAACCUCCUGAGUGCAAUGGGGUAUCAAAUCAUGAUACUGAUUCGUCUUCUUCCUCAAAUAUGAAUAACGAAUGUGGUGUCUUGGACUUGUCUACCUGCAGUAGGAAGCGAACCCACGAGGGCGAUAUUGUGAGUCCUCGCUCCAAACCAGUUGCAAAUCCUGCUGUGCUGGAUAAAACACGCCAAACCCCUUGCCGAUCACUGGAACACCCUUCCUUCAAAGUGCGAUCUGCUGUUCUUCCUCAUAUCAGUGCGUACAAAAAUAAGUCUGAGAACGGCAACCGCAACUUCAAGUGCCGUGGCAAACAAUUGACUGUCAUCAAUCCUGACCCCAACGGGGAUAGACCAAAGCUUUUGAUUAGAAAUUUGGGUCCGAGACCCGAUCGUAGUCAUGAACAUUUUCACCACCAUCACCAUAAUCAUCAUCACCAUCAUCAAAGAAUGUAAAUAGCUUGUGUCUGUUUGCUGAAAAACACUUUCGUGUGAAGGGCAUUGAAUGUCAAAUCUUAGGUUAGCUGAUAGAGAAAAAAUAAGAAGAAAGCUUCUUAGGGUUAUCGCUUAUAAAUUCAGAGAUGGUACGGUUUUUGAAAAAAAAUUAUAGCUUGCUUCUUUUAGAAGUAAUAUUCCGCCUUUGGGUGCGUAGGAUUUGUGAGGUUAAAGAAAGAAAACUUGUAAAGUUGUCUCAACGAAACAGCCCACUUAAGAUCUCUUUUGUUAUGUGAAAUGUUUAGAUUUUUACGUGUUAUUAAGUUCCUCUGCUGUUAGAUCCGUGCCUAGUACAGAUUCUUUCCUUUAUUUUGAGUAAAUAAAUGUCUUGAAAAUACUAUAUACGUCUUUCUUGAAUAGCUCACUCACUAUGCAAUAAAUGAGGUUUUGAUCGCUAGAAAUGAUAUCGUUGUACUAUGCAAAUAUUUGUCCGUUGAAUGAUUAUCGAUAUAUGUAAUUUGAAUAGGCAUAAUUUUGAUAGUUUUAACAUAAUUUUAAUUUGGUUGUUUGACAAGAAAAAAUAAUUCAUUUGUCAAAAGAUCAGAUUUUUUUUAAUUCUUAAGAUACUGAGAUGCGAAAUUUAAACUGCUGAACAAAAUACGUCUUCCAGUUGAUUUUGAAAAAGCUUUAAAAUCUAUGAUUAGUAAUUUAAUCACACAAAGAUUAAUAACUUUAAUUUUUGAUGCCAUAUAACCUAAUAGAAAUUGAAUUUUAAACUUUUAAAAUCGAUAUUAAAAUCAAUCUGAGAAUUAUUGUGUGUUUUAAUCCAAGAUUUGUUUUUAAACUGAAGUAAUCUAAUUGCAAACAUGAUAUAGGGAGCCUGAUUUUUUUUAAAAAAAACUUUAAUGGAACAUUAAAAAAAGACAAAGAGUAGAGAACAGAAUUAAUUUAUUACCAAAAGUAUAAUCAUGUUUAUUUUUCAACAUAAUCACCGUGAAGGUUCAGACAUUAGUCAUAUCGAUGGACCAGGUUUCUAAUUUCCUCUUCGAAAAAAAUGGUCGUCAAUGGUGCGAAAAGUGCCUAAACAUACCAUUGAAGCUCCUCAUUAUUUUAGAAGCUUUGAUCUUCUAUCUAAUUCUUUGAUUCUGGGAAAAGAUGAAAAUCAUUCGGCUCUAAGCCACGUUCUCCAUGAAAGGGGACAAGGGUGCUAGACUGCCCUCACAAAACGUCUUGUAUGAUGAAUUGAUCAAGUCGUUCGAAGAAACAACGAACUAAUCGACCAGCAUGGCCAAAUUGCAAUUUAGGAAGGUAAAUGUUUACACAUUCCUACUUCAUAUUCUUUCCUUAAAAGAAAAUUCAAAGAAAUUCCGGAUUAAUGUGGAUCUUCAGAAGAGUAUUGAGGCCUAUCUCAUUGGUGAUAACAUUCUUCAAAGAAAGAAUCAGUAACUCAGUCCAUCAAUAUGACAAAUGUCUGAAUCUUCGACGUGAUUAUGUUGAAGUGUUACUAUGUUUAUACAUAACAUCGGGUAAUAAAUUCAUUUUAUUUCUUACUUUUUUUAUGAUCAUUUGUGACGUGAAAUAAAUAAACGGCCCUCGUCUUGUAGCUAUCGAAUAAGCCAUAAUUGCUCUGAAAUAUGAAUGUAUAUGAAAAUAUGGAAGGUGGAAUUUUAAUAAAGUACAAAAAUGAACAGACAGAUAUUACUUUUUUGCCAAGGAAAGUGCCUCAAAUAAAGCUCUCUUAUGAAAUACAUAUUCUUUCUGGUUAGCUGAUAUUUUCAAAAAAAUGUAUCCGGUUCUUACUGAUAAAAACUCAUAAUACAGAUUCGUAAUACGAUUCUAAGAUAUGGUUGUGUUAACAUUUUGUUUCGCGCUUUGUAAAUAACAAUUUAAUAUGUAUAUACGAAUAGAAGGAUUUGAGUACAAAAUGUACACAUGCCAACAAAUCAACAUCGUAUUCUAUUAAAGAACAGUCGCUCAUAAAUUUCUGCUUUAUUAAAUAAAAUUUGUCAUUUUUUCUUCUUUAAAUGUGAAUUUAAUUGCACCAGUAUUGGUAUGAUUGGUAACAAUCAAAUUUUUAAUAAAAUUGGGCAAUAUUUUCUUCGAUUUUUCUUUAAGUUAUGAAGCGAUGAUUUUGAUGUAUAUUAGAAAAUAUUGAUUUAAUAUUUAAGAAGAUACCUAUUCAUUUAAAGUUUAAAUGGUAGGCCUUUGCAGUUUGCCGAUAUUAAUUUUAAAAAGAGAAAAAGAAUAACUAAUUAAAUUCUUGAAGUCAGAAAUACCUUUCAAAUGAAAGGUUAUUAUGGUUCAAAAAGUUAGUACUUAUCUUUCAGAUUAGAAAUUUGAAAAAACAACAACAAUGAAUUAGAAACUAGUUACUUCAUUCUUUUAAAUUUUCUGGGUGUAUCAUUAAAUUUCAACUAUGCAAACCGAGAUUUAUGAAUAAAAAUAUACUUGAUUUUUCGAGUUUUUUUAAGCAACAUGAAACUGAUACAGAUGCGAUUUCAUCUGAAAAGCAGUUCUAUAAAUUGUUUGUACUUGUCAUUCAGCCUUGUAAAUAUCUACGUUGGACAAUAUUCAAUAUGUGAGAGCAAUGAAAAGGACAGACAGACUUCCAUGUAAAUCUUGGAAAUAAUAUUUCUCUAAUGUCAGCAACUGAAUUGCCUUAAAGAUCUGAAUAAAUGUGUUCAUAACGAAUUCUUUCUCACUUCACGAUGUACCUGCUUUCAAAAUACUUGUAUAUAAAAGACAUUACAAUUGCUACAGAUUUCAGUAUUAGAUUAUUGCAUUGUUUAGAAGAAAAAAGUAUGUUACAAAGAUUAGUAAUGUGUGCCGUCUUGUUGCGUUCUUCAGUUGAUUUUUGCUGUUAUAAUUAAAUGUCCUCUGAUGGAGAGUUCUAUGUUGAGUGUACACAGUAUUGAUAAUUUGUACAGAAGAUUUAAAUAAAAUUGUGUAUUGUUUAAA